AUGCACAAGAGGAAGGGACCCCCAGGACCCCCAGGCCGAGGCGCUGCCGCAGCCCGCCAGCUGGGCCUGCUAGUUGACCUCUCCCCAGAUGGCCUGAUAAUCCCUGAGGAUGGAGUUAAUGAUGAGGAACUGGAGGCCGAAUUCUUGGCCUUGAUGGGAGGCCAGCCCCCAACCCUGGAGAAGCUCAAAGGCAAAGGGCCCCUCCCCAUGGAGACCAUUGAGAAGAUGGCCAGUCUGUGCAUGAGAGACCUGGAUGAGGAGGAAGAGGAGGGGACUGACGAGGAUGAGGUGGAAGCUGAUGAUGACCUGCUGGCGGAACUGAACGAGGUCCUUGGAGAGGAGCAGAAGGCCUUGGAGUCCCAGCCUCCUUCAGCCCAGCCGAAGCCUUCCACCCCUGGUGCGGGGCUGGAGGCCACCCUUCAAGAGAGGCUGACCCUAUACCAGACAGCCAUCGAAAGCGCUCGGCAAGCUGGAGAUGGUGCCAAAAUGCGGCGUUAUGAUCGGGGCCUUAAGACGCUUGAAAACCUGCUGGCCUCCGUCCGGAAGGGCAACGCCAUUGAUGAAGGGGAUAUCCCACCACCUGUGGCUGUGGGAAGAAGCCUCACAGCCACACCCAGCCACACCCCCACACCCAGCCAGCUGGCCCUGGAGCCCAGGGUGACCAUGCAGGGUCCUCCUCCCAAUGCCCCAGCCUCAUCCCCGGCCUCAACUAGUUCCCAGCUGCCCCCAGGUCCCUGCAGCCCUGGCCUCCUGGCCCAAUUGCAGAGCCGGCAGCAUGAGUAUAAGCUGGCUGCUCUUCAGUCCAAACAGCAAGGAGAUACUGCCUCCGCUGCCCGGUAUUUCCGCGUGGCCAAGAGCUUUGAUGCUGUCUUGGAGGCCCUGAGCCGAGGGGAGCCUGUGGACCUGUCCCGCUUGCCCCCUCCCCCUGACCAGCUGCCUGCAGAUUCACCAUUGCUCCCUUCACAGCCUCCAACUCCUCCCACGGCACCCUCCACACCAGAUGUGCCUCCACCUCCGAGGACCCUCCUGGAGGCGCUGGAGCAACGGAUGGAGCGAUAUCGCGUGGCUGCAGCCCAGGCCAAGGCCAAGGGGGACCAGCGGAAGGCCCGCAUGCAUGAGCGCAUCAUCAAGCAAUACCAAGAUGCUAUCCGAGCCCACAAGGCUGGCCGUGCUGUGGAGGUGUCAGAACUGCCAGUGCCCCCAGGCUUUCCCCCUAUCCAGGGUCUGGAGGCCACUGAUCCCACCCAGCAGAGUCUGGUGGGUGUCUUGGAGACUGCCAUGAAGCUGGCUAAUCAGGAUGAAGGCACUGAAGAUGAAGAGGAUGAGGAACCUAGGAAGCCCACCAGCCCUGCGACCUCCACAGCCCAGCCCAAGGCUCCACCCUCAAGGGCACCAGCAUCAGGAUCAGCCCCAGCAGCCAAAGCAGCCUCCAAAGGCACAUCCACCAGAGCCCAGCAGCAGUUGGCCUUCCUGGAGAACCGCAAGAAGCAGCUCCUGCAGGCUGCGCUGCGAGCCAAGCAGAAGAAUGACGUGGAGGGUGCCAAGAUGCACCUGCGCCAGGCUAAGGGACUGGAGCCCAUGCUGGAGGCCUCACGCAAUGGGCUGCCUGUGGACAUCGCCAAGGUGCCGCCUGCCCCAGUCAACAAGGAUGACUUUGCCUUGGUCCAGCGGCCAGGCCCAGGGCUGUCUCAGGAGGCCGUCCGGCGCUACGGUGAACUCACCAAGCUGAUACGGCAGCAACAUGAGAUGUGCCUAAACCACUCUAACCAGUUCACCCACCUGGGCAACAUCGCUGAGACCAGCAAGUUUGAGAAGCUGGCGGAAGACUGUAAGCGGAGCAUGGAGACUCUGAAGCAGGCCUUUGCCCGGGGUCUCUCCACACCUGCUGCUCGCUUUGAGCAGAGGACCUUCAGCGUCAUCAAGAUCUUCCCCGACCUCAGCAGCAAUGACAUGCUCCUGUUCAUCGUGAAGGGCAUCAACCUGCCCACACCCCCAGGCCUUUCCCCUGGGGACCUGGAUGUUUUUGUUCGGUUUGACUUUCCCUAUCCCAAUGUGGAGGAUGCUCAGAAAGACAAGACCAGUGUGAUCAAGAACACAGAUUCCCCAGAGUUCAAGGAGCAGUUCAAGCUCAGUAUCAACCGUAGCCACCGUGGCUUCAGAAGGGCCAUCCAGACCAAAGGCAUCAAGUUUGAAGUGGUCCACAAGGGGGGGCUGUUCAAGAAUGACCGGGUCCUGGGCACAGCCCAGCUGAAGCUGGACACCCUGGAGACAGCAUGCGAGGUCCGGGAGAUCCUGGAGGUUCUAGAUGGACGCCGGCCGACUGGGGGGCGGCUAGAGGUGAUGGUCCGAAUUCGGGAACCACUGACAGCCCAGCAAUUGGAGACGACAACUGAGAGGUGGCUCGUCAUCGACCCUGUGCCAGUAGCUGUGCCCACGCAGGUCACUGGACCCAAAGGGAAGGCCCCUCCUGUGCCUGCCCCUUCGAGGGAGCCAGGAAACAGACCCACCCGGCCCCUACACAGCCUCAGUGUGCUGGCCUUUGACCAAGAGCGUCUGGAGCGGAAGAUCCUUGCCCUCAGGCAGGCGCGGCGGCCAGUGCCACCUGAGGUGGCCCAGCAGUACCAGGACAUUGUGCAGCGCAGCCAGUGGCAGAGGGCCCAGCUGGAGCAGGGAGGCGUGGGCAUUCGUCGAGAGUACGCUGUCCAGCUGGAGCGGCAGCUGCAGUUCUAUACAGAGGCUGCCCGACGUCUGGGCAACGACGGCAGCAGGGAUGCUGCAAAGGAGGCUCUCUACAGGAGGAACCUGGUGGAGAACGAGCUGCAGCGGCUCCGAAGGUGA